UUGAUUUCAUCAGAAUUAACAAGUAGAACAAUUUCUUUUCUUUUCUUCUUCUUUUUAAUUUGGAUCUUCGGUGGUUUGUGAUUUAAGAAAGGGCUUUUCCUUAAGAUUCAGAUUCUGUGUUUUCUUUCCAAUCCUUAUUAUUAUUACUACUGGGCAUUGCCAUUGCCAUUGAAAUUGACGUUGACUCUUUUCUGUUCUGUUCUUCACAACAGGUUAGUUUUUCAUUGUCGUAAAAUCAUCUUUUCUGGAGGUUAAGAUACGAUGCGUGCGCCAUCAUUGCUCGCACAAUGCUUGCCUGGGUUGGUUCCCAAUGACAAAGGAAGUCACAGCUUGACAUCCAUUUCGGGUAGAGAUUUGCAUCUCCCAUCACCAGCCGUUGAGAUUCUCCCAUCCAAGUCGGUGCACCCGUACAAGUAUGCUGGGGAGAAUGUAGACUUGCAUGGACUUAAUGUGUUCAAGGGAAGAGUUAGUGUUGCUGAUAUCAUCGGGUUCAACAGUUCAGAAUCAAUAUCUUCAAAACCUGAGGGGUAUCUAAAAUCCUGGGACAGCUCUAUUGAUCUUGUUAAUGUUCUUAAGCAUGAAAUUCGUGAUGGACAACUUAGCUUUAGGGGAAAAAGGGUACUUGAGCUAGGUUGCGGCUAUGGACUGCCAGGGAUUUUUGCUUGUCUAAAGGGAGCUUCCACAGUUCAUUUUCAAGACCUCAACGCAGAAACCAUAAGAUGCACUACAAUACCAAACGUUCUUGCCAACCUCGAACAAGCUCGUGACAAGCAAAGCCGACAGCUGGAGAGCCCCCUUACUCCAUCGAGACAAACUCUGGCACCUUCGGUGCACUUCUACGCCGGUGACUGGGAAGAGCUCCCCACAGUCCUGUCAGUCGUGAGAGGUGAAGGGUUUGAAGCAACGACGGGGAUGAGCUUGAGCUUUUCAGAGGAGGACUUUAUGGAUGGAUGUAGCAGCCAAGAUGGCAGCAUUCUGGGGCAAGAAUCUUCCUCGAGGAGAUCAAGGAAGCUCUCGGGGAGCCGUGCAUGGGAGAGGGCUAGUGAGACAGAUCAAGGAGAAGGUGGAUACGACAUUAUUUUGAUGACGGAUAUUCCUUACUCGUUGACCUCAUUGAAGAAGCUUUAUGCGCUGAUAAAAAAGUGUUUGAGGCCUCCUUAUGGAGUGGCAUACAUGGCAACAAAGAAGAAUUAUGUUGGGUUCAACAGUGGAGCGAGACACUUGAGAAGUCUGGUUGAUGAAGAAGCCAUUUUUGGAGCCCAUUUAGUCAAAGAGAUGCCUGAUAGAGAUGUCUGGAAAUUUUUUCUCAAGUGACCAAAAACACCCAACAAAAAAGUUGCCAAAAUAACUCUAUAUCAUAAUUCCAUUUGAUAUUGUUUGUAUUUCUAUUUGUGUAUUAUGUAGAUCAUAAACCUUUUUUUAUUUUUAUUUUUUAUUUUUUUCUUGUUUUGCUCAGUGAUGAGGGAGUUAUGGUGGUCGUAAAGGUUUAGUUGGUAAACGUCUAGUUUUGUUCCUAUGCCUUCAUGUAAUAUUUUCUCCUCUUCUCC